CGGGGAAGUGCGCCGCCGUCGCUCCCUUGGCCAGACCGCGGCGAGCCCGGAAUAGCGAAGUGAACUGGAUUGAAUUUCAUGAAGUAUGUUUCUAAGGGAUAGCUGGUUCUGCGCUCACUGGGCAUGGCAGAGCACGAGAAGAGGGUUGGUUGUGCUUGCUCUCUUACUAUUACACACAUCUGAUUUGGAAGGGAGAAAAUCACAUCCAUUUGUCUGGAAAACAGGUCACUGGGGACGUUGCAUAGGUGACUGUGGUUCGGGUGGUGUUCAGAGCCGCGUAGUUUGGUGCAUUCAUUCAGAAGGCUGGACGACCCAUCAUUCAAAUUGUGAACAAAGUGAUAGGCCUGAAAGCCAGAGGAACUGCUUUAAAAUAUGUGACUGGCACCUUGAACUCUUCGAGUGGGAGGUUUCGGAAUGGCACCUGUGCGUUCUAGUUCCUUUUGCUCACGGUGAAGUCAAGCCAAGGACUUCAGAGUGUGUAACUGCCCAGCAUGGAUUACAGCACAGAAUUGUACAGUGUGUACAGAAGUUGAAUAGAACAAUUGUCACAAAUGAGAUAUGUGAAUAUUUUACUCCCCAGCCACCUAUGGAACAAGCUUGCCUAAUACCUUGUCCGCGGGAUUGCGUAGUAUCACAAUUUUCUUCCUGGUCUGUAUGUAGCAGACACUGUGGAAAGAGUUUACAGCACAGAACCCGUUCUGUUAUUGCUCCUCCACUGUACGGUGGAACCAAAUGUCCAAAUCUCACUGAAUCGAGGAUCUGUGAUGUUUCAAUCUCUUGUUCUCAUGGGGAAGAGGAAUAUACCUACAGUCUUAAAGUUGGACCUUGGAGUAAAUGCCGACUGCCUCACCUUAAAGAAAUGAAUAUGAUUGGGAGAACUAUGGUGGAUUUCAGCUCAGAUUCUACAGAACGAAGCACUUUCAAACUCCAAGUGGUUGAAGAUCUGCAAAAUUUUCACAGAUUUAGAUCUCACUAUAGUUCCAGGCCUUGGGAUAUAGAAAUUGGUUAUCAAACAAGGCAGGUGAGGUGUACGAGACGUGAUGGGAAAAAUGCUAUGCUGAGCCUUUGUGUGCAAGAAACCAUCCCUUUGACCUUUCAGUCCUGUGUUAUGCCUAAAGACUGUGAAACCUCAGAGUGGUCUUCAUGGAGCUUCUGCUCAAAGACUUGUCACUCAGGGGAUCUCUCACCAGGAUUCCGAAGUAGAACGCGGAGCAUAAAGCACAUUGCUGUAGGAGCUGGCCGACAAUGUCCUGAAACAGAAGAAAGAGAGGCCUGCAACACAGUUGGUGGAAGAGAACACCUUCAUCCUUGCCCAAGGUAUUCCUGGCAAACGUCUGCAUGGAAAGGGUGUGAUGUUUCUCUCCUGCUAGAAGAGCAGGACCCUCGACAUGAUAAGCACACAGCCCUUUGUGGUGGUGGGAUACAGGUUCGGGAAGUUUACUGUGCCCAGACAACAUUGGAUGAGACACACAAAUUUAAGGAAGUGACUAGACCUGUUGAAAAAAAGCUGUGUCUUGCUCCUGCUCCCCCGGCUUCUCAACUGUGCAGUAUUCCAUGCCCUCCUGAAUGCCUGGUUUCUUCCUGGUUGGCAUGGGGCCCCUGUAUUCAUGAAAACUGCCAAGAAAUUCAAGGGAGAAAAGGUUUCAAAAUGAGGCAUAGAUAUAUUAUUGUGGAACCCAUGGGUACUUCUGGCAAUUGUCCACACUUGAUAGAAUCAAUUCCAUGUGAAUAUCCAGUGUGCUAUGACUGGAUUAUUUCAGAAGGAAUCUGUUUACCUUACAAUGGAAUAUGUGGGCCUGGAAAUCGUGUGCUGCAUGCUCAAUGCAAGAACUACCAGGGUGAGGAUGUCUCAGCUGAUUUUUGUGCAGACUCUCCUUCACCUCCCAAAACCAUGACUUGCAACGUGCCCUGUGGAAUGGACUGUGUUGUGACCGAAUGGUCCCAGUGGUCGUCUUGCUCCCACUCAUGCUCCAGUAAGAAUGCUGAAGGGAGGCAAAGCAGAACGAGAUCUAUACUGGCAUUACCAGGAGAAGGUGGAAAACCAUGUCCUCCUAGUCGUGCACUCCAUGAAUAUCGCCUUUGUAACGAGCACUCUUGCAACCAGGUCUACUGGGAAACAUCUGCAUGGAAUCACUGUUCAGAAAAUAUCUUGAUAACAGCACUGAAUGCUACCAUUAACUGGAAUGGCGAAGCUACCUGUGGAGUGGGCAUACAGACCAGGAAGGUCUUCUGUGUGAAGAAUCAUUUUGGCCAGGUCCCAGCAAAAAGGUGCCCGGAGUCCAUCAGACCAGAAACAGUCCACCCAUGUCUGCUCCCAUGCAAAAAAGAUUGCAUAGUGACCCCUUUCAGUGAAUGGACGCGCUGCCCUACUACCUGCCAACAUGGUAAUGCUACCGCAAUGAAACAGUCCCGCUAUAGGAUUAUCCUUCAAGAUGCUGUGAAUGGAGGACAGGAAUGCCCAGAUACCUUGUUUGAAGAAAGAGAAUGUGAAGACAUCCCUCUUUGUCCUGUCUACAGUUGGAAGGUCCACAAGUGGAGUCAGUGUGUAUUGGUUCCAGAUUCUGUAAAACAAGGCGUAUUAGGAGUCAAUGAGGCAUGUGGUCAUGGUUUACAGACAAGAGUUGUUACCUGUGUCUUGGAAAGUAACCAUUCAGUAGAUGUGAGCGAGUGCCUGAAAUGGGCAGAACCUAUGCCUUCCCUUGUCCAGGACUGCCUGAUUCCUUGCAAAGAUGACUGCACAUUCACCCCUUGGUCUAAAUUUACAGCAUGUGCUUCAGACUGUGAAUCAACACGAACCAGAAGACGAACUCUCACAGGGAGAAGCAGAAAGCGAGACAAGUGCCAGAAUGCAGAAGUAUAUCCUCAAGUUGAAACGGAACAAUGCCCCUGUGCAAUAUUUACCACCCGGCCCCAUGGAAAUUGGUCAGAAUGCAUAAUUUCUGCUGGAAAGACAGAGCUACGACUAGAACUGAGAUUUCAUGGACAUGCCAAAGAAUGUGGAGAAGGUGUGCGCUUCCAAGCACUUGCCUGCUACGAUAAGACCGGCAGACUUGUGGAACCAUCGCUCUGCAACCAUUCAGGUUAUGUUGAACAGCCUUGUUUGGUACCUUGUCCAUUUGAUUGCAAAUUAAGUGACUGGUCCAGUUGGGCCCCCUGCAGUUCAUCUUGUGGAACAGGAGUGAAAAUCCGGUCCAGGUGGCUUAAGGAGAAGCCUUACAAUGGAGGACGUCCAUGUCCAAAAUUAGAUCCUAAGAAUCAGGUGUAUGAGGCAGUCCCAUGUUACAGCGAAUGCAAUCGGUAUUCCUGGAAAGUAGAUCCAUGGUCUCCAUGUGAAAUCAACAGCGAGCAAAACUCUCUCCACUGUGGAGAAGGCAUACAAACUAGGAAAAUCAGAUGUGUAAACACCACUGAAGACGGUGACGGUGAAACCGUAGCCAACAUCCUAUGUAAUCAAUCUGAAAUCCCUCUUGAAACACAAAAGUGCAUCCUCUACUGUCCCAAUGAGUGUGUGGUAUCAGAGUGGGGUCGCUGGAGCCAAUGCCCAGAGCCAUGUGACCCCAAUAUAAUGCAAACACGGAAUCGGCAUGUGUUGAGAUCGCCUUUAAAACCCAAGACCUGCCCCGAAACUUCACAAAUGCGGCCCUGUGUUCUGAAUCAAAAUUGUUUUCAGUAUCUCUACAAUUUAACAGACUGGAGCACAUGUCAGCUAAAUGAAAACGCAACCUGUGGACAAGGGAUUAGAACGCGCCUUCUGAGCUGCAUGCGCAGUGAUGGGAAAACAGUGAAUAAGAACUACUGUGAGCAGCUAAAUUUGGAAACCCCGGCAAAAAUGAUUAUGGACUGCCUUGUGGAAUGUGUCAUCAACUGCCAGUUCUCUGAGUGGUCUGCUUGGUCAGAAUGUUCACAUACCUGUGGCCUUGCAGGUCAGAUGCUACGGACCAGAUCCGUAAUUAUGCCAGCCCAAGGAGAAGGCAGGCCCUGCCCAGCUGAAGUCACCCAAUACAGAAACUGUGUGGUAAAACCCUGCUACAGCUGGGUCCUUGGAGAAUGGCCCCCCUGCAAAGUCGAGGGUGGGCAAUGCGGGGACGGAUUUCAAGUGCGUAACCUCACCUGUGUGGUACACGAUGGCUCUUUAUCAGCAGCAUCUAAACAAGUAGAAACUGCUCUCUGCGGAGAGCUUCCAUCUAAAGACGGUGCAUUGCAGCUUCCAUGUUCCGUGCCUUGCCCAGGUGAUUGUCAUUUGACAGAAUGGUCAGAGUGGAGCUCUUGCGAAUUAACGUGCAUAGAUGGCAGGAGCUUUGAGACUACGGGUCGUCAGUCUCGGUCAAGAACAUUUAUAAUUCAGUCUUUUGAAAACCAAGACAGCUGCCCUGGACAAGAGUUGGAGACCAGGCCUUGCUCCGGAGGGAAGUGCUACAAUUAUGUAUGGAAAACAAGUCUUUGGCGAGAUAAUGAACGCACAGCGUGGUGCCAGCGUUCUGAUGGGAUGAAUGUCACAGGGGGUUGUUCUGUUCAGAUGCAGCCAGCUACAACCAGGCAUUGCAGCCCAGCCUGUAAAAAGCCCUUCUCUUACUGCACACAGAGUGGCAUCUGUGGCUGUGAGAGAGGCUAUAGAGAAAUAAUGAGAUCAAAUGGUUUCCUGGAUUAUUGUGUGAAGGUACCCGGUUUAGAAGAUAAGAAGGCCGAUGUUAAAACGAAUGCUGCAAAACAUAAACCUGUCAACUCAAAAAUGCAUGACAUUUUUAAAGGAUGGUCAAUUCAGCCUUUUAACCCAGAUGGAAAACUUAAAAUCUGGGUCUAUGGAGUAUCAGUCGGCGGGUUACUCAUUAUAGCUUCCCUAAUCUUCACCUCAUAUCUUGUUUGCAAAAAGCCAAAACAGCAGCAACAUGCUCCCCCACAGCAGAAAUGUUUGACCUUAGGCUAUGAUGGAGACGUUGACAUGUAA